AUGGUGGUUCAGGUGAUCCUUCUUCGUCGUCUCAAAGGGAACGAACGGGUCAAGAGAAUCUCGGGUGUCAUGGUCGCAGCGAAGAUGCGAGCUCUCGAAUGCCCAUGUUUCCCACCUCUUUUCUUCAAGGGACAAGUGGCGGAUUUGGUGGACCUACGACCUUUCUUCCCACAAUGGCGUCGCCAAUGUUCGGAACUUUGCCAGUGGGGAACCCUGGGGCGUGGCCGUUUUCGUGGUCAAGCUUCGCGCCUACGAGUGUUACUGCCUUCGCGACUCCUGGACCUACAAGCCGACCGACAGAGUCUCCUUUUACCUUCGCGACUAACGGACCGUCGGCUUUCGUGCCCAAUGGAUCUACAGCUUCUGCAGCCAAUGGACCCUCCAUCAGACCGCCUUUCAAUGGUACUUCGAUGCCCAGCACCGCACCUCGGGUGGAUACUGCAGCGGUCCGCUGCUCCUGGAAAAGAAGAGACUGCCAAGGCGGAGAGCGCUUUCGAGGGGCUUGGCAUGAGGUCCCCCCCGACUCAGGGGAGAAAUCCGCCGGAUCAAGCGGAGAGAUUCAUUGCAGCCAUCAUAGGGGAGAAGCGGUCCAUCCCAAGCUGGAGCGGUCAGCCCAAUACGCUACGUUCAUGGCUUAAACUUCUUCUGGCUCAUUGGGAAUCAGAAACAACAGUUCUCAAGGAGAAGUGGGGCAUCAGGUUGUACCAGUCCUUCCCAGAGAACUCCGAUCCUCGUCGCAUCGCUGAUCAAAUUGAGCUUCACGAUGUUCUAUCUGCACGAGGAUAUGGCAUGAUUUUGACAUGUCUGAUGCAGAAAUACAAGCCGUAUCUUGACGUUGUUGGACCUGCUUCGAUCGAUCGAUUCUUUUAUGGAGAUGACAGGGCAAAGGGUCAAAGCUUUGCCAGCUACAUCGCUCAAAAGCAGGUGGCUCGUCAAGAAAUGGAGUCCAAUCUCAACGAGAAAGUCAGCGAGAAGAUUGCAGGCAGGAUCUUGUGGAGGCACGCUCACCUGUCCGAAUUCCAAAGAGAGUUGGUGGCACUUCGAGAUGUCAACACUCUGCUCAGCUUCGAGCAGGUAGCAAGCCUGUUGCGCCCUCUGGACAGGCCCGAGUUGCGGCAAAGAAGCGGCCAAGCACUAUCCGGCGACGAUGGCUCCGGAAGGCUUUGA